UGAGACUCCCGGGGUCCACCUGAGGCACGCGGAUGGUCACCUGAGGAACAUGCCGGGCCAAGGUCUGUGCUGUGGUCGUCUGGAGCAGCCCAAGCCCCUGAUGAAGAUGGGGCUGACGGUGAUCCUGAUCGGACACGUGAACUUCAUGUUGGCUGCUCUGGUGCAGGGCGUGGUCCUCAGACACAUCGACUUCCAGAAGCACCACCGCGCCCUGGAGUACGCCAUCUCCACCGUGGUCACCCUCACCUCGGGCCUGCUGGGCAUAGUUGUUGGUAUCCUCACCAUCGUCCUGGCCAAGAACAAGAAGAACAAGUGUUUGACCUGGACCGUGUUCGUGUUCAGUCUGACCUCGUCGCUCCUCGCCGGGAUGUCGGCGUUGGGUUUGCUCGUCGCCGUGGUGAUGGCCAUAAAGCACCACGGCCGCACUCUCCUGAGCCACUGCCGCUUCCCCGACGCCAUCAGCUACUCCAGCGUCACCAACGAGUGCCCCUUUGACCCCACCCGCAUCUACAGCACCACCCUGAUCCUCUGGCUGCCGCUCAUCGUCACGUCGGUGGUGCAGGUGGUGUUCUCGUCCCGGUGUUUUUCAGUUUGUGUCUCCGUCCUGGGUCUGCCCUGCUGCUGCUGCUGUCCUCCCCGCAGGGGGCGCAAGACGCUGACGAGAUCGAUAAAUGUCGUGACGCCUCUGGCCGCUGACCCUCCCCACUCGACCUCACCUCAAACCAGCACUUUGCUCCCCCUCGGUCACCCCCUCCCCCCUCCUCCCCCCAGAGGCACCAGCCGCACCUCCACUCUGCACUCCGCCCGCUCCACCUGCUCCGCCCGCUCCACCUGCUCCGCCCGCUCCACCUGCUCCGCCCGCUCCACCUGCUCCGCCCGCUCCACCUGCUCCGCCCCUCCGCUGGUCAAACUCACAGAGAGCCCCACACGCCUCAGCCAGAGCACGUCUCAGCGGAGAAUCCCCACCUUUACCGGCUCCGCCUCCGGGCCGCCCCGGGAGAGCCGCCCCCCUCCCCCGCAGUACGUGCCCCGGCAGCUUUAUAACAGCGCGGCCCCGUCCGAGAGGCGGCCCCUGACCAAACCCCGGAGGGACCGGCCCAGCGACGUCAGGACUGAGAGCGCGAGGCAAAGACGACCAGAGGAACACGCGCUGCUCACCAGGACGGCCCAAACGCUGGAGCGGGGGCCCGUGGAGCGGGGGCCCGUGGAGCGGGGGCCCGUGGAGCGGGGGCCCGUGGAGCGGGGGCCCGUGGAGCGGGGGCCCGUGGAGCGGGGGCCCGUGGAGCGGGGGCCCGUGGAGCGGGGGCCCGUGGACAGGACCAGCUUUUGGAUCUAG